GUUCACUCAAUGAAGUUCCGCAAAGGAGUUUGUUCGUUGUCACUGCCGUGGGUGCGGUCAAGGGUACAUUUCGAAACAACGUUCCGUGACUCUGAAUGACGGUCUGCCUGUGAUGACUGCAUCCCCCUCUUCAAAGCUCGAGGCUACUACUGACCAUACCAAGUCUCCUCCGUAUUUCUCCAACAUUUAACGGAGUGUCGAUCGAUACCAACUGGCGCGUUUGACGGACAACGAUCGAUAAGCUUGUGAGGAAGACAGGUCAUGCACAACUGACUCACAAGGCAUGACGCGCAACAUUAGCCCACACACCGUUGGUAACGACGCAGGUCGCAAUCCAUUCCCAAAUCUUCCACCACCAUACACAUUCAAAGCCUCUCGACAUAUACCAAAAACCGACUCAAACUCAUAUCUUACCAGAGCGAACGUCUCUGACUUCACCACUAUCAGCACAAUCUUAGUCGGCUCCCAACUUACGCCAUUCCAGAUCCAGACCAGCCUCCUCACAUCAAAGUCCUCGUACUUCCGCGUCGCGCUCACAGGACCCUUUGCAGAAUCUAGCAACAACAGCAUAACACUCGACGAUGUCCCAGUCGACCACUUCCAACUCCUCGUCACCUGGCUCUACGACCAAGCCCUACCGAUUCCCUAUAAAGACCGAAAACCAGCAUACUACACCCUUCUGCACGUCUACGCUCUAGCCGACCGCCUAGGACUCGAAGGCGCAAGAAACGCCAUCAUAGACACGAUAAGCGACCUGGCCGAUGAAACGAAUAGCGUGCUAACACCCUCCGAUACACGUAUCUUGUACGAAGACAUCCGUGACUCGGCACCUCUCCGUACGCUUGUUCUAGAUCUCUUUUCUUUCAAGAAGACGGAUAGAUUGCUGGAAUUGCAUGCGGGCCUUUGGCAUGCAGAGUUCCUCCGCGAUCUGACUGUGCAUCUGAAAAGGCCGUGUGCACAGGCUAUGCAGCGGCAUAGGUUGCGCAUGUGGUGUCCCGUGUCCUGGCACGCGACUCGCGGGUGUGGUUAUUGUGGGAUUGUACUGGCACCUAGAUGUGGAGCGGUGGCUUGUGAGGACUGCUGUGUGGCGUUUUGUACGGCAUGUGUUCAGAGAGGCGUUGCGAUGGCACGGUGGGAGGUUGGGAGAUUCGAGGUUGUGGAAGAAGAGAGGAGUGUGCUGGGUGGAGCAGAUGGUGAAGAGAGGAAUGUGAAGAAGGUUAAGAAGUGGGAGGCUUGCAAGCCUUGGAGGGGGUCGAGGUGUGCGCUUUAUCACGAACAUGCUGAGACAGAGAGAUGUGGAGACAUUUUUUUUUGGGAAGGUGACGGGUUUUGAUGGAAAUACAUAGGACUA